AUGACGUUAAAAUUGGCUGACUUUAUAAAUAGCUAGCUGUCACUAUAUUUAGAAAGUUAAAUAAACCAGAUUUAAAAAAAUACAGUUUUAAGAAUAGAAAGCAUGAUAGUGAGUAAGAAAAAAAUAUUGCUAAGAUAGCUAGUUUGUAGGCUUUUGGGUAUUUAUUAAUAUUUAAUGAUGACCAAAUUAUUCAGACAAUUUUUUAGUUUCAUGCUAGAAUUUCUCUACUCCCUCCAUCCCUUCUUGUUUGUAUUGAUUAAUUUAAUUUAUUAUAUCAAAUAGUGA